AUGGCAGCUGCACCACCCGCCUCUGAGCUCAAGCUCGACCCCAAGUAUGACGAUUACGAUUAUCCCACUGUUUCUCCCACCGCUCAGAGUGGACAUCCCGGUCAUACCACGCCAGAGCAAGAUGCAGCUCUGGUUGAGCUCAGGACUGCCUUGGAGCAGGCUGGUCACACCAAGAACCUCGAUACUUUGACUCUACUACGAUUCCUCCGCGCACGAAAGUUUGAUGUUGAACUCUCGAAAAAGAUGUUCAUUGACUGUGAGAAGUGGAGGAGCGAGUAUGCUGGCGUAGGUGUCGAGGAGCUUGUCCGCACUUUUGACUACACCGAACGGCCCCAAGUUUUUGAGUACUACCCCCAGUACUACCACAAGACUGACAAGGACGGCCGCCCAGUGUACAUUGAGCAGCUUGGCAAAGUCGACCUCACCGCACUCAACAAGAUUACGACCGAAGAGCGUAUGAUCCAGAACCUUGUUUGCGAAUACGAAAAGAUGGCCGAUCCGCGUCUGCCCGCUUGCUCGCGCAAGUCUGGCUAUCUACUUGAGACAUCAUGCACAAUCAUGGACCUGAAGGGCGUUGGUAUAGCCAAGGCAACGUCUGUAUACGGCUACCUGGGCAAAGUCUCCACCAUCAGCCAGAACUACUAUCCCGAGCGCCUGGGAAAGAUGUACAUUAUCAACGCUCCCUGGGGGUUCUCGGGUGUGUUCAGCGUGGUCAAGAAGUUCCUCGACCCCGUCACAAGCGCCAAGAUCCACGUAUUGGGCAGCGGAUACCAAAAGGAGUUGUUGGCUCAGGUGCCUGCGGAGAACCUGCCUAAAGAGUUUGGUGGAACUUGCCAGUGUGAGAAGGGCUGCUCAUUGAGCGAUGCGGGCCCUUGGUGGGACGCCCAAUGGGCAAAGGAGCCCAAGUGGGCAAAGAAGAGCGAUGGUGAUGCGAUUAACAACACUGCUAUUCCUCCCCAGACGACUGAGGGCACCCCUGGUGCUGCACCUGCUGCGCCUGCCGGUACUGAACCUGCCGGUGCGCCUGCGCCGGCCGCUGCCUAA